ACCAACACAGGGUUCGUUGACAACCCAUUAUCCCGAUAGCUUCCUGUAUUUCUCCUCCACUGGCCCUACUGAAUUUUUACAGUAGCACUCUCGACACGUAUCGGUGUAAUACGUUUUCCAUGUAUUCAUGUAAACGACGCUUUAACAUGCAUCAGCGUCCAUAGCAUUUUAUACGAGAAACAUACAAUUACUCACAAAAAUAGCCGUCCACUUAUCUUAUUUAACAAACAUUAAAUUCGUAAUUAUUCAGAUUAAUUUCUUGAUUAAUGCACCUUAAAUCACGAUGCACUUAAUUAUUAAAUUAUGCAUACACAAAAAUAUUGUUUGGGAAAAUGGCAGAAAAACACACGCAAAAAAGUACAAGUGAAUAUUGUCAAGAUUUUCAUUUGUUUCCACUCUCUAAAUAUUUAUGAAAUGAAAAUGCUCUUUCAUAAAGCAAAUAUUGACUCUGGAGGGAUGUUUCUGUUUGCAUUCUUUUCUUACCUCCAAACAUAACAAUAUUUUUGUAAUAAAUUAUGUGUUGUUUCUUAAUUAACUCUCUUGUCAUUUACAACAAAUUAAUCAGACUGUUAAAUUAUAAUUGGUAAUUCUGAGUGCAGUAGUAAUUAAAUAUGUAAAACGUGAUAUAUGUAUAGGGUGGGCGGAUACGAAUAAGCACAAGAAUAAAUAAGCUUCUUUGUAAAUUAUUUAUGGGUCCAUUGAUUUUUCGUCGAAUCGCCGAUAAAUGAAAUUCAGUUAUGACGCUGGAUUGUACCGAAAAUUAAAUACUGUUUAUAUUAAAUUAUUGAAGCACAGUUGUAUGAUUUAAGAGUAAAAUUUGAUUAAACUUGGAAAGCACUGGGAUCGAAUAUUUACCAUCUUCCAAUCUUGGAAUUAAAGUUUAGGCCACGCAAGUGCAACCCCGGCGUCGAGCAACUUAAGAACGAGACAGUUUCAAGCAUCGACUGUGUUUGAGGGAUUAUAACUUUGCGCAUCCCCGUCCAGUGCCAAGAUCGGCAAAGUUUCGCGUAAUUCUGCGAGAAACUUUUCGCCAGUUUUGUCAGAAUUUAUACAACUUUGAAACCACCGAGCAAACUGCCGUAUAAAUCUUUUCCUUUUUACCUUUCAAACUCAGCUAUCGUUAUUUUCUUCUGCCUUUUAUAGUACGCGUCGAUUUUCGAUAAAAGUGUCAAACACACUUAAACGUGCCUUUAUGUUAGUAGAUUAAAUACCCAAAUUUAUGAUCGUCAUAUAUUGUUGAACGUUGAAAAUUCUGAAUUGAGAUAAGCUGUAGAGGAUCAUAAUUAAGAAGAAUUUAUGAAAGAAUAGAGAAAAAGAGAACUCAAUGUAAACGUUUAAAUACACAUGUUUCGGCGACUGGUAAAUAAUAGGAAGCCCGCGAUUUAUUUCACAGCAAAAACGCUCGGAACGCGUACAUUGCCACAAUUGUAAACGAAAUUGUACGAUAUUAAAUGUUUCCAAUAGUCAUAAUUGUUUCAUGGGAAAAAAGCAUGGCAACAGUUCCGCUUAGAGUUUAUUCAGCGGUUCCCUUUUGUGCACGGCAUUCCACGAGGUUACCGAAGCGAUGAAAAAUUCCAGAAAUGGGUUAAACUCCGGAAGAAAGCUCAGCCCAGGUGCUUUGUGUCGCACUUUAUCCUAUUGUUUCGUCUCGAGUUACGGUUUCUGUCUCUGGGCCACUUGUGACGAGGAAAGUUGCUAGUAAUUAGAUUCUUUUGUUCCGUUCUUUAGCGCGGCUUUUUUCCUUUCCCGUCCAUUUAUGGCGUUUAACAUAGAUAGAAAUAUGGGAAAAUUAUCAGACAUGAAAAGAGUCGAGUCAUAAAAGUCAGAAGAUUACUGAAGAAUACAAUUACCACUUUGUUCACAGAAGAGGAAUAUUUAAUUCAAGGUGCAAGGAAAAACCGCAAAGCUGGCGUCGCUAACGGGUUGCGUCUCGACGAUGGUCGACGACGAAGAGCAGGAAGAACUGAGGUGCACAGGCAGCGACGUCGAGAUCGAGGAGUACACAGACACAGAAGAAUCGCCAUAUGUUACUUAUCAGACCACCGAUAAGUUGUUCGAUACGGACCGGGCGGGCUGGCAAAAGUUCAGCUUCAUUGCCACUCUUCUGAUCCUCGUCGUCUCCAUCACCUUUCUGAUUAUCGCCUAUCCCCUUUAUCUGAACAGCAUCAGCACUGUUUCGAACGCUUACACAGGAUUAAUUUUUAGUGCCCUAAGCUCCACCUGCAUCCUUGGAAUCAUAUGGUUCAUCGUCGAAAGAGUCUCACCACCACCUGCAUUGAUUCCAAACAGCAUGAAAAUAAAGAUACCACGCUGUGCUCUGUUGAAGAUAAGCUUGAUCUACGCUUUCUCCGGUAUCGUCGUCACCCUUUCUCUUGACCAGAACAAAGUCCUCUGCCACCUACAAGAUCCGGUCAAAGGCAUCACACUGGUCUUCUCUCUGGUCUACUAUUUCUUCUUCUGCCGUAAAAUGAUGAGCUUGCAGCGAAUAUUCUCGAGCACCACCAUAAUAGUAGGCUUGUUCAUAAGUGUUGAUUACGGGCUUUGCGACGAGUUUCGAUGCAGAGGAAGAGAAGUUUCACCGCACACUGCUUCUGUAAGGGAGUCCUGGGGUGUAAGAGCUGUUUGGACUUUCGUCUAUGUCGGUGCUCUUGCCGCUUUCGCUAUGUUCUUCACUCUGCUCGAGGGUCAUUACACCACGGAGCAACAAAACAUGUGCCAUGUAAUGGCGAAUCAGCAGAAUUCGUUUCUCUACACGGUGUCGCGUUUGGUGUCUUCUCGAGACAUCCGCAGACGUGGAUCCGAAGAGGAAGGAGGUAGACUGCUUCACGUGACGGAUCCUGAUCCUACGAUCAAGCCAAAGCAUUUCCCGAAGCCUCCGAUUCUUGAGACUCUCUUUUACAUUCACUUAAUCGCGUUCUUCGCUAUUCUGACCAUGUGUUGGCUCGACACUUUACCGGGAAUAGGCAGAGGACUUUCACCGGUGGAACUGUAUCGUACAGUCGAACACGGGUUAACGUGCCACUUUAAAAACACAGAAUCCUGCUCAAACAUUUCUAUACACGGAUGGACCUUCCUGACUGCGUACACGAUCUUCUCAAUUUCUGUAUUAAACUUUUUAUCUAUGUGCGAGAGCGCUGUCUUUACCGUCGCCGCCGCUACUGUUUCUCUUCCUCUAUCUGGCAUUUGGUGGAGCAUUUAUAAAAUGGACAUCGGUGUGCAUGGUGGUUUUAUCUCAUGGUCACCGGGAGUCACGGGAGAACUUAUCUGCGCCCUUCUUGGUCUGCCUGUGGUCCUUCUGGGAUUGGGUUUACUCGUCAGAUCACACUUCAGAGACACUCAAUCUUCUUACUUGACCAUGCAACCACCUGACGUGCAAUGCGAUCCUUCUCAAAGAUGAACUUCUUCUCGUAAACCCUCGUCGACCUUUCCUUCGAUUGAAAUCGAUACAAUCAAGGGAUUCGUUUGAUCAAAUUCUGGAGCAUUAAAAAGUUUGUGUUUUAAACAAGAGAAUAAAAAUAUCGACGUGGAGGGUAAGAUGCGAGCAAAAGAAAUUCCACGAUCAAUACACGAUAAAAAAAUCUGUGUAAAAAUGCGUUCAGAGAUGAUUUUAAACUAGACUGACGAGUGACCCAAUUAAUUUUCUGUUUCGUGAUACUUCAGUUCAAGGCUUCCAAUGAAACCAUUGGAGCAUCGUUCUUGUAACUCGUAGCGGAUAAAUGGUACAAAUGUUCGGGACAGUCAUUUUGCUCCGUGAAAUUAAUCAGAUGAAUUUUUGCAAAGUUUCUUCUCUGAACGCGCGAGAAAAACUUUCCUGUACAGUUGUGAUAGGGGUGUAGGGUUGGGGGGAAGCGAUAAUAUUGAUUAUCUCGUGCACACGAAACCGAAUAAAAAGAACGGAGAAGGAAGGAGAAAAGCGAUCAAUGUUUCCUAUGUAUUGCUAGCGUGAACAUCCGUCUAGCCACACAACGUUAUUGCCAAUUUAUAUUUUAUUUUGAUAACGAAAUAUUUCAUAUUUUCGAAAGAACGUUCUAAUUACACGUGUUAUAACAUGUACAAGAAAGUAUGAGUGUGUAUGAGUGAGCGAGAGAAAGAGUACUAAGAAAGAGGUACAGAAAAUAUUUUAUAAAACCAACUAGAGUGCACUGUUUGAACGAAAGUUACACAUAAAAACAAUGCUCAGACGCGGUGUACUUGUUACCGUAAAUUUGGUACCCACAAAUAAUUACCGUAUGCGAAAAUCUAAGCACAACCUUUCAAAGAUCCACUUCAAUCUUUGCUAAUGCUGCAUUCACAGACUCAUAAAAUUUCUAUCGAAAUCGGAAAAUUCUGAAACAUUCCUAACGCGCUCAUUUCAACUUUGUAAUCUUUGAUUCGAUCAGUGCGUUGCAUUUGCUGAGAGAAAAGAAAGAGUGCCACAUGGCAAGGUUUACAGUAUUAUUUGUCAAAUUGAAUGCGUGUGUGGAAGCACAAUUUUCUGUCAGGAACUUAGCUUGUGUUAAUUAAAAUUAGAAAGGAAAUUGUUUAAGAUGAGUUCCUCUUGUGACAGGUUCUUAACUUCAACAUGCAGAUCUCUUUUAUACUCAUCAAAGUUUAGUUAUAUUUAUAGAUAUAUUUUUGUUUGAUAUAUUUGUUAUAAUCAGCGUAUUUAUUAAUGUAUUUAUUCUGCACUCGAGUAUUAUAGUAGACAUAGAGAGUGUUUCUGAAACAACUGUCAUGAGUAAAAGCACAAUUUUAUCGAUGUAAGGAUUAGAAACCUUGCACACAAAUGUUUUUAUUUCCAACUAGAGACUUCUCAGACGCACUUCGUUUGUCUGUAAAAAAUUAGACAAGUAUUUUAGAAACACUUUUAAUCACAAGGUGCGUAUACUUAAGUCUUGUGACUCUUGUUUUUCUACUAACUAUCUGAACUUCAGAGCACUGAGUUCACCGCAGAACGGUAGAUGAAUGUUUUUCUUUUUCAUUACCGACUAGUCCUACUCCUCCUUCUCCCCGGACUGACACAAGUCCCCAAAAUAAAGCCCGAUGAAAACUGUCUGCGUGAAAUCAAAAAACAAAGUUCGAAAGUGGCUGAAAUAUGCAAAUUCGUGCCAAAUCAUCGAGUCUUCUCUAUUAUGCGACUCGUUACGUAGGUGUUAAGCAUAUUCGAACCCAUAUUAAUAGCGAUACAAGUAACCGUGAACCGUAAUUAAGUAUCGUUGUUCGCGUGAAGCGUUUUCUCGUGCGAAGUAGUUUAUUGUUGGCAGCUGAGAUGCUAGAAAAGUAAGAGAGAGGAAUAUUUGUUGUUGGAAAUACGUCAAUCAUAUUCUAUCGCAGAAGCUAUAUAUACGUCCACGACUUUUUUACACCGGUAAUAAGCGUUCCAACCAUAGUUGUAUCAAGAUCGAAGGAAAAAUGAACUCACGAACUACCAUUUUUGAUGGACAAUAUUUUAAACCAUUUAAAAAAUUACAGUACUCGAUUUUACUUUAAUCAAUGUUGUAGUUAGAGUUAUUUUGUGUAUUCAUUAUUGUUAAUUAACAUCAUGUAGCUUCGUGUUCUAUUUUUUAUAUGAGUUCAUUUUUCCGUCGAGUCUGUUAGCGGCUACAAUAAUAACGACGAAACGAGAGAAACAAUAACGAACGUACUACUACUAUAUUAUUACACUCUAGUCGCAGUAUUUAAUCGUAUAUAUGUAUACGUAUAUAUACAAUACAUACGUUGUUACGAGAGGUCAUUAUACAACUAUGAAGGCGAGAAAAACCGUUUCAAUUUGUAGCUUUCUUAUAAUCGACCAGUGGUAAGCCGAGUUUCUUCGAAGCGUUGUCACGCGACGAAGAAAAUGAUUCUGAAGCUUUUAACGAAAGACAAAGUAACGUUGUUCUUAUUGUCGGUAUAUAAGAAGAGAUUCUUACAAAUUGUGCCUGUGAAAGCUGGGCAGAAAGCAGGAGAAUCAUUUUCGUUGUGGAUUCGCACAAACUCAUUGUGUUUAUCGCGCGACGUAGGCUUCUUAUAGAUAAGCAUAAUUAUCGGGACAUUGUUUGCCUUUAAUUUUAGAAGAACUUAGAUCUUAAAGAGAUCCUAGGAAUCAAACGAAACUAGAGAAAAAUACUAACGUAGGAUGUGCUCACGUAUAAAAUAUGACAAAUGAUACCCUCUUAUCUACUGGAAGCCACGCGACUGCACUUCAAAGGUCGUCAUCCCCUUCGGGUCUCCUUCUGAUUGUUCCAUAAAACGUUGUUCAAUUGCGCCCGUUGUUAUUGCAUAAAUAAUCCAGAAUGUAUUCUUGUAUACGGUUCCCAGUUACUGGCUUCUGAUAGUGAUUUAUUUUUUUAAUCAAACAACGACCUUGAAGGGGUUGACCGAUCGAGGACUAGCCAGAUGAUCAAACGAAGCAGAAACGAUUUUCUGUUGCAAUAACGUUAUCGCUUGACGGUUUAUCUGGUUGGCAAUCGAAUAUUUUUGUAAAAAUUAGUGCGAUUUCACACGGACCGUAAUUAGCGUACGACGCGUUAAUUUACCGCGAAAAUGUGAACACGCGUUUCGCAUCUCUUUCAGAUAGACGCUUUAUAAAACGUAAAAACUGUCUACCAGCGAUCAGCAGUGCCGUAUAUAUUUAUACUGGGUGUCUUGCCCGUGGAUAUAUCGUUAACGAUAUACUCCGAGCGUAGUUCUUAUCGUAAUCACGUCAACCUUCCUGCACGCCAAGAUUAUUCUACCAAAUAAUUUUAACUUGUAAGCUGUCUGUGAAAUUGGUUUGAGCCAUGACUAUGGAAAAUUAUCUGUUAAGUUUUACAAAGAAUUUUUUUGGCAUUCAGAAUGUUGGCAAAGAAUCCAAAAGUAGCCAUUUUCUGUUGUGCAAGUAUUAUUUUCAAUGACAAUUAUGUCCCUCCUCAUUAAAAGGAAAGAAUGUAUUCUUUAAUGUUAAAAGAAUUUGAUAAAAUUGUAAUGGCCACGUAAAUUUUAAGAAUCAAGAGCCAGCCAAUGAAAAAGAAUAAUACCUCAAAAGAGAUAAAAGGGAAAACGCAUUGUCGCCGGUAUAUUUGGAUUCAUAAUUACGCUCAAUAUAUUCACUAUAUUCAACAAUUAUGUACCAGAUUGUAAAUGUGUUAAUACAUACAUAUAUAUAUA